GCCAUUGUUUGGAUAUUUAUCGGUACUACUCCUUGGCGGAUUCUUCUCUGCGCCGUUCUUUCCACGCGCCUUCGAGGAUUAUCGGCGCGAGGAUUCGGCGAGGAGGUAGCGACAGUUGUUUCGGGAGAGUGCGAGAGGUUUCCUUCGGUGGUGUUUCGGCGGUGAGAGACGAGGAGAAUGGAACGCUUCAGAGUCACGCCGGCCAAUAGUACGUCGCAGUACGCGGCGCAACAGCAACAAUCGCUGGACUACGAUUCGCCGCUGAAUGGAACGCAACUGGAGCACCUGCAUCUUGUCCCGAAGUCUGUCAACGAAUGCGAUGGCGGCGGCGCCGGUGGAGAUGGCGACGGCAAUUCCGAGAAGAAGGUGGAAUACCAGACGAAUCUCUUCCUCUACAGUGAAGAGAUGGAAGUCCGGCCGCGGAUCUCCACAUUGCUCAACAGCCUGUCGGACUACAGCAACACGAUUCCAGCUGCAACUGAUCCAGACGCGAAGCCACAGCCUGUCUCAGGUGGAGCACGAAUGGGCACGCUGAUCGGUGUCUUCCUACCUUGCAUCCAGAAUAUCUUCGGCGUGAUCCUGUUCAUCCGUUUGACCUGGGUAGUCGGUACUGCCGGCGCUAUUCAGGGUUUCUUCAUCGUACUCUGUUGUUGCUGUGUGACAAUGUUGACGGCUAUCAGUAUGAGCGCCAUUGCGACCAAUGGAGUGGUUCCAGCUGGAGGGUCCUACUUCAUGAUAUCCAGAAGUUUGGGUCCAGAGUUCGGUGGUGCUGUGGGGAUGUUAUUCUACACUGGUACCACCUUAGCUGCCGCCAUGUACAUCAUCGGUGCCGUUGAAAUCGUUUUGACGUACAUGGCACCGUCGUUGAGUAUAUUCGGCGACUUCACCAAGGAUCCAAGCAUCAUGUACAACAACUUUCGCGUGUACGGAACGGGUCUGUUAUUGGUGAUGGGCACUAUAGUGUUCGUUGGCGUGAAAUUCGUGAACAAGUUCGCUACAGUCGCCCUUGCCUGUGUCAUCUUCUCCAUCGUGGCAGUCUACGUGGGUCUGUUCUACAACUUCUACGGCAGCGAGGCUCUCAAAAUGUGCAUUCUUGGUAAAAGGUUGCUGAAGGAUAUCAACGUUCUCCGGGAUUGCAACAAGAACGUCAGCGGUGUUCUUCAUUAUCUCUACUGUGGAAACGGCACCAAAUGUGAUCCUUACUACAUGGAAAACAACGUGACCAUUGUUAACGGAAUUCGUGGCUUAGCUAGCGGUGUAUUCUUAGAGAACAUUUGGGACAGCUUCCAAGAGGAAGGCCAGCUGAUCUCUUACGGAAAGGACCCUAAGGACAUUGACAUCAUGUCUGCAUCCUCGUAUAACCAGAUUCAAGUCGAUCUCACUACUACCUUCACCAUUCUCAUCGGUAUCUUCUUCCCUUCGGUUACAGGUAUCAUGGCUGGCUCGAACAGAUCAGGUGACCUAGCAGACGCCCAGAAAUCCAUCCCAAUCGGUACCAUCUGCGCCAUCUUGACAACUUCAACGGUGUAUCUCUCCAGUGUCCUCCUGUUCGCCGGCACGGUAGACAAUCUUCUGCUUCGAGACAAAUUCGGCCAAAGUAUCGGCGGCAAACUGGUGGUAGCGAACAUGGCCUGGCCUAAUCAAUGGGUCAUCUUGAUCGGUUCCUUCCUCUCCACGCUCGGUGCUGGCCUUCAAUCUCUGACCGGAGCUCCAAGAUUGCUUCAAGCCAUCGCGAAGGACAGUAUAAUUCCUUUCUUAACACCGUUCGCCACAAGCUCUAGUCGAGGUGAACCGACGAGAGCGUUAGUACUCACUGUCCUCAUAUGUCAAGGCGGGAUUCUUCUUGGCAACGUCGAUUACCUAGCUCCUCUGUUGUCCAUGUUCUUCCUCAUGUGUUACGGUUUCGUGAACCUUGCAUGCGCCCUGCAGACCCUCCUCAGAACACCAAACUGGCGACCUAGGUUCAAGUACUACCACUGGAGCCUCUCGUUCCUCGGACUGUCUCUCUGUAUCGCCAUCAUGUUCAUGACCAGCUGGUACUACGCGUUGCUGGCCAUGGGAAUGGCCGGUUGCAUCUACAAGUACAUAGAAUACCGCGGUGCUGAGAAAGAAUGGGGAGACGGUAUUCGCGGUUUAGCACUGUCGGCUGCUCGUUACUCUCUUCUGAGACUGGAAGAAGGACCGCCUCACACGAAGAACUGGAGGCCGCAGAUUCUGAUCUUGGCUAAGCUGACAGACGACCUGGUGCCCAAGUAUCGCAAGUUGUUCGCGUUCGCCAGUCAGUUGAAGGCUGGAAAAGGUCUGACGAUUUGCGUCAGCUGUAUCAGCGGCGAUUACAUUCAGAACACCGGCAAAACCUUGGCUGCGAAGGUGAAUCUGCGCAAGACAAUCGGCGAGGAGAGGGUGAAAGGAUUCGUGGACGUAUUGGUGGCCAAAGACGUCGUAGACGGUCUCAGUUCUCUGGUACAGACCACUGGAUUAGGCGGAAUGAAGCCGAACACCGUGAUCCUUGGCUGGCCUUAUCGCUGGAAGCAAUCGCAGGAGGAGAGUGACAACAGAACUUGGAGAGUGUUCUUGCAAACUGUCAGAGCAGUUGCAGCAGCCAGGAUGGCGUUACUGGUGCCGAAAGGAAUCAAUUUCUUCCCCGAUUCGACGGAGAAGGUUGUCGGAAACAUCGACGUCUGGUGGAUCGUGCACGACGGUGGUCUACUGAUGCUGUCAAAGCAACACCGUACGUGGAAGAACUGCAAGAUGAGGAUCUUCACCGUGGCUCAGAUAGAGGACAAUUCGAUCCAGAUGAAGAAGGACCUCAAGAAGUUCCUGUACGACUUGAGGAUCGAGGCUGAAGUGGAGAUUGUAGAAAUGAUGGAUUCCGAUAUAUCCGCGUACACGUACGAGAGGACCCUGAUGAUGGAGCAGAGGAACCAGAUGCUGAGGGAGCUGCGGCUGAGCAAGAAGCAAUCCCUUGGAGUGGUGCAGACAUUGGUGGACUUCAACGAGGUACCCGCCGAAGAAAAUUUACCUCUGGUGCAAGCGAUCGUGGACCAUCAUCACAACGUGGACGUGAAGGUGGCGACCAAAGUGAGAUUCCAAGAGCCUGGAAGCCAGAACGCGAACGUGACGGACGAAGCGCAGGAGAAAUUGGUGCAAGAGACGGAAGCUGGCAAAGAGGGAGAGACGGGAGAGACAAACGAAUCCGGCGGAGAGGAGGCUAAAGAGGGUAACGACGAGGAGACGAAGCUGAUCGGAGGUUCGCCUAAACAGGACAACAAGGAGAACGCGGAGGAAGAGGCGAAGGAGAGCGAGGAGAAGAAAACUGAGAGUCCGAAGUCUAAGACACCUACAUACGACGAGUGCGACGUGAGACGUAUGCACACUUCGGUCAAGCUGAACGAGGUGAUCGUGAAGAAGAGCAAAAACGCCCAGUUGGUGAUCCUGAACCUUCCUGGACCACCGAGGAACACCGAAAUGGAACGUGAAUCGAAUUACAUGGAAUUCCUGGAGGUCCUAACCGAGGGUCUGGAGAGGGUGCUGAUGGUGCGCGGCGGCGGACGGGAAGUGAUCACCAUCUAUUCGUGAACUAAAUCAGGCGGGAACGAAGUGAUCGCCUCGCAACAGCGAAGAUCUAGUUCACAUCUGAAAGACCUAAACGACUUCACCUUACGGAACACGUUGCUCUUGUGCCAUUGUCUGAGCAGUCACUUGCGUUGCGCGUUGUGAAUCGACACAAUUUACAAGUAACACACACUCCAACACACGCAUAUACAGAAACAUACCACACGCAAAACACACGCAUGCAUACAUAUAUAUAUGCCCGGCUGACGCGCUGUCUCCGCGGAUAUAUAUAUGUAUAUAAAAUGUACACCAGGUACACGAUAACACAGAAACAUAGGAAAACAACAUAAAAAAAAAACAAAAAAAAAACACAAAGAAACUCGAAUCGAAAGAAGAAGGAAAACUGACCCUCGACUAGAAGGCCAAAAGUGACAUGCCAAAGGAUAAGAUGAAUUUCCUUCGAAUGAAUUUCACGCGUAAAACUAGGAUACGUAGGAUCUAUUCUUAUUUUACACUCGUCCCUUUUCUCGAUGAUGGUUAGAGACUAAAACAAAAAAGACAAAAAAAGACAAAAAAAAAAGUGGUUUUAAUCCGUGUCACAAAAGACAGCUAGCACAGAGGACUGCACACACAAAGCAUAUUAUAACUUCGACCUUGUCAUCGGUGUAAUUUAUUAUACAAUUCGGAGAAUUCUCGAUGUUGAAUAUCGAUCGAGGAAGAAGAAAGAGAAAAAAGGAAACAGAGAGAGAGAGAGAGAGGAAAAAAGAACAGGAAAGAGCAGAGCAGAGGCAGAGUUUCGAUCGCGUGCACAAUAUCGAUGGAAUUUAACAAAGAAAGUUCGAGAAGCAAAGAAAAAGGAAAAAGUAUGACACACAAGGGUCGAACGAAAAAUAAAAGAGGCAACAAGUGGCCAGGAUACGGAAAGAUAAAUUCGCGAAGACUCUGACGAUUGUACACUCCCCAUUUGAAACUGAAAUCAAAAUUUUUGGUCCGAGGCUAAGAUCGAAGCAUCUACGAAAACCACUGCCAGAAUACUUUCUAAAUGCUUCGCGUUUAACCAAAGACGCGAGAGGCUCAUUUUUCUACACGCAUUGUCGUUAAUAGAGAGUAUAAAUAGGUAUGUAUAAUUCUAUUGCUUAUAGGUGAACAUAUAGGGUAGCCUAGGAUAGCGCGCGGUGAAGUACGCCAACCAGCGGAGGCGCAUUGCGCGUGCGCAAGGACGCGCGCGUCUCGCGCCUGCGCGGCGACAGUUCGGACGAACGUUGGCAGCGUGAACGAUUUUAUGCGGACGCAUUGUUAGAAAAAAGAAGAAAAGAAAAAAGAAAAGAGAGAAAGGAACGGAAAAAAAUGUGUAUCGUGAGAGGAACGACGAGGCGGAAACACACUCCUGGAAUCCUAAUUUACGAAUCAAUCAAAACAACAUACUCAGAACACGUGGUAUUCUCGUGAAACUAACCAAUCAUAGUAGAGCUGCAUUCUCCGAUGCGACGUAUUGAAGGAAAAGUAUAUUACUGCCAGAAAAACAAAAAAAGAAAAAAAAAACGAGAGAAGAAACUCUUGAAAAUGUUAAUUAGGAUUGCGUGGAAGGAUAGAUGGUUGGAAGAUCGAUGCAGAAAUAUUAAGAAAAGGGUUCGGACUAAUCGGUGUGCUACAGACAGGGCAUAGUGCUAAGGUAUUCUUGAAAUAACCAAUUUGUAUCACUUUAACAUCGAUAUAACAUCAGGAUUCUAAUAGCAAUACGAGUUCACGAUUUUACUUGAAGGGGAAAGGAAAACAGAUGAAUCACGAAUCCGCGUCACUGCAUCGCUGAAACAUAGAGAAACUUACUUUACGAUUAAAAGAACGAUUCUAACGCUAAAUGUCCUAAGGAAAGUAUAUAUACAUAUAUACAUAUAUUACACCGCGAUGAUCUUCUUCGAGUUACUAAUUCGCAUUAUCGUCGUAAUCGAGUAUAACACACACGAGGGAACUAGCAAUAGUAGAACUAACUUAUAGAGUUCGAAUUUCUUAAUUGUACUUACUACGUGACAGAGACGUAUCGCGAAAGUCUUGAGACACACUAAUCCUAGAUAUGAUCGAUAAAACACACGAGAGAGGUUAAACGUAAUAGCACUAGAAUCCAAAAAGAAAUCUCUUAUAGGUAACAGAAAUGGAUCUAUUAUUAUUGCAUCGAGAGAUAUAACCUAAAAAAAACAAAACGAAGAACGACAAAAUCACGGUUAGCGAAAGCUACGAGAAAAAGAAAAAAGAAAAAAAAGAAGCAAAAUGCUAACACCGGUACGCACACAGAGCAUCAAUGUGAAAAACAAAAAAAAAAACAAAUUUCUCUUCUCAUUCUCAUCCUUUUAUAUACUACAUAUUCUAUACAAAAAAAAAAGAAGAAAAGAAAAGAAUUCUACAAAUCUCAAGAGACAUUUGCGUCCCCAUAAAGGUUCAAGCCGUAGCGUUUACUUCCGACUAACGCCGCGAGAACGACGAACGGAAGAAACACGGCGAGCAUUCACGCAUUUCUACUUCAGAACUGAAGUUCGUUCUUUCCAUUGUACUUCUCGACCUCUUGCGCGUCGAAAAAAAAAAAGAAAUCUUCGUCUAGGUUCGCGUUUAUACUGUCCAAGGCCUACCGGUCCGAUUCACCGCUCUUAGUACGUCUAUGUGAAAGAGAGAGGGCACCGGUGUGUUGCGUUUGCGUGCGCAUAGCGGCGGCCAUAUUGAAAGGAGAGCGUGUUGGUGUCGCGCCUGCAUAGGGUUACACAUACACACAUCUACACCCACACAUACAUAUACACACAGAA